AUGGCUCCUCUCCGUCCUCGGUGGAACCCAAUGUCAGCCCUGGGCUUAGAACAGAUUUAUUCUCUCUCACUCUACUGGAAAAGCCAGGAAUACAGCACAUAUUCUCUCAAACUACCAAUGGAUCAAGUUAGCAGCUUGUUUGGGCAAUCUCGUGCAGGCCUGGGAUGGUUGGAGCACCACGCCAUGGCUUGGGUGCCUGAAGCCAUUUCCUCGGACAGUUAUGUUGUUGACCUUGGUCCUCGGGGUGUUCAAGAGGUGCAAGAGGGACUGCAAAGGUUCAAAGAGCUUGAGCUUGAUGGUCACGAAGUCAGUCGUCAUAAUUUCCACCUUCCAACCCUCGAGGCGCAACUGGAGCAAGCCUGCCACGAGGUUCAUCGAGGCCGCGGAUUUGUCAUCCUCAGGGGCCUCGAUCCCCAACAGUAUUCAGUCGAGGACAACCUGAUGAUCUACCUCGGGAUUGCUGCGUAUAUUGGGGAUCAGAGAGGGUUUCAGGACAAGAAGGGGAACAUGUUGACCCACAUCACAGCCUCCAAAGACUGGAAGACACCCCCUGAGCUCCGUCAUGGUAUUCAUACCACCAAAGGCCUAAGUUGGCACUGUGAUAUCGGAGUCGACAUCCUCGCGCUUCACGUCCGCUCCCUCGCCGAGCAUGGUGGGGACACAUUUAUAGCUUCAUCGCUCACAAUUGUAAAGGAGCUUGAGGCGCUAUACCCACACGUCAUCCAAGCCCUUCAAGAAGCUGCGUGGCCAAUCCAAAUCUCAGGCAAUCCGAUCCCCCGCUACAUUCUGGCGCCACUCCUGCACAUGGACCCUGAGAACAACCACAUCAUUCUGAGCGUUGACCCUGGGAGACUUGGUGUGCACCCAUCUACGACAAGAACCGAUGGCACUUCGCCAAUUCCGCCCCUCACACCAACUCAGCUCGAGACCCUCCGCAUCCUCAACCAAGUCGCCUCAAAGUAUCGUCUUCGCCUAGACACAAAGGCUGGCGACAUCGUCUUGCUCAACAACUUUGCCCAUUUGCAUGCUCGCGAUGCCUACAGCGAUCCCGGACAAGGCCAAGGACGACAUCUGGUCAGAUUGUACCUGCGUAAUACAGCACUGGCGCACCCCGUUCCAGAGUCUAUGCGUGUCCCCUGGGAGGCAGCAUUUGGGCCCAGGAAUGGGGAGGGCCGAUAUCCUGUUGCUCCAGCUUUAGAAUACAAAGCACCUCGAUACACGGCUGGUUCUGCUGCUUUUCCCCUGGACGACAACGAUGAUGUCAACGGAGACGGCACCGCAUGA